AUGGGAAGAGAGGAGAUUUUGAAAGCACAGAUUGCAAUAUUCUGCCAGAGGCCAAGGAAACCGAUGCCUGGAGGGAUUGCCUCCACAGCAAGAGGAGCAUCAAGGAUACUGGAGCUGGAGGCACACAGGCCCAAGAAGGGCAGAAAUGCCAGCAAUGACCAAGGGCCACCCAUAACAGUUCCCUGGCUGUCUACCCAGGACCCACCGAAUGGAGGACACGUAGUGACUCUCACUUUACAACCACAAAAGCUGGAACAAAGGCCAGAGAAGCCGAAGAAGCAGCAGGAGUCCAGAAGCUUUCAGAAUAACCCCGAGAAAAGUAUCUAUUGA